GUCACUUGAAGAGGUUGAACCGGCUGUACCGAGAGAAGCUGUGAGAUCCGACACCAUGGACAGCAGGGUUGUUCUGAUUUUGCUGGGGACUCUAGUCGCAUCAGGGUCGGCCCUGGUGUGUUACAAAUGUUCCGGAACUGGCGAUGACUGUCGGAAGAAUGUUGCGUCCAUGGAUAACAACACGGAGACCUGUUCGAGCCUGCAGACUAGAUGUGCCACCACCUACAGCAAGUUAAGUGGUGACUACGUAUCCUUCAGCCGGGGCUGUGCCGUCGUCGCCACUUGCAUCUGCGGCAAUAUUGGAGGCACUGGAGCCUGCGUGAGAUGCUGCAAAACUGACAGGUGUAACACGACCAGCGGCUCCUCUACUGCGCAGGCCCAGGGUGUGGUCGCCCUGCUCGCGGCCGCCAUCUUGUCGAUGCUCCUCUCCGGGAAGCAGUGAGACAGAUGAUUGGUCAAUGGCUCAACAAAUGACAGGACAGCGCUAGUUAGUAAAAAAAAUGGUGUGAUGAACAAGGAAUAGCGUAGUUUGGCAUUCCCAGUGUGCCUUAUGAUAUGAAGCGUGGUCUAAUCUCUUUCCAGUCUAUCGCUUUUCGUAUAGCCUAGCAUUUCCAGAUUCUUGGAGGGUAGUGUUGCAAAUGUGCUCUCUGUAAAUUCAAUAAGCAUUUGUGUGAUUCUGAACAACACUUACGAAAUGGAAAAGCGUAGUAGCUACAUGGCAUAAUGAAUGUUAAGAAAUUAUCUAACUAGACAAAUGAGCAUGAACCAUGAAUCUAUAAGGUGGCUGAGACCAAGUAGGUGCAACAACUUUGUGAGCUGUAUAAUAGGCGACAUUCUUACGUGGUAUGGUAAAGGUAUGCCUACAUGCUUGUCGUCAAGGGUUAUCUCUUAUGGCGCCAAUAGUAGACUAUGAAAUAUCGUAAACAAAUAUAGAAGGCGUUUCAAUCCCUGUCCGUGAAUUGAAGGAAAUAAAAAGC